GCUCGUCAUCGUGUAUCUGCUUGCUUAUCGUGCUUUUACAAGCAUCGAACCCCCGCGUUGAUCUUGCUGCACAUGGGCCCAAGCAGCCGCAGUAAGAUGCGCGCGGGACGUGUGUUGAAUCAACUGAGAGUCAAGAAAAGGGAGGAUUGCCAAGCGCUUGGAAGGCGUCAUGAGAGGUCGAGCACUGGCACACAAAUGCAACGAGUGCCACGCCCAACCCAGAACUGAAGACUCUGUGGAAGUUGCUAGACUUACUCGGCAACCCAGGGUUCGCUUUUACAGUGGGGAAACGGCUCGCUGGACCGACGCGGCUCACACACGAGGCGCAAUGAGAUCAUCCUCGCCCAGGGAAUCGCAUCCGCGCCAGCCGUCGUCCGAGGACAGAACAACAUCGUCGCAGGAGCGGAGGUGCAGUUGGAAUCCACCGUGUUUGCUACAGCGUAUCCUGCAGACAAGAGCGAUCGCGUCACCUUCGAACCCCGGUACUCUUGCUCGCGCCCAUCGCGCUCCCCAGCAGCGCGCGCCACAUCCCCAAUGGCCGUGCCGGACGCCAUCGUUGAAGCAACGGAGAAGGGCAUGGUCGGUGAGAACCUUUGUUGCGGCUUCCCAUCGCUGGAGAAGGCGACGGCGACGGCGACGGCGACGACGACGGCAGCCAGCACCUCGAAGCCGCAGGUUCUGACGCGUGCGGAAGAGGCGUGUACGAGCCCGCCAAAGAGCGCGGCCGAGUUGCGUGGGCACGUGAAGAUCAAGGGUGUUGAUGCGUGAGAUGUGGGUUGGAUGGGGAGCGCG